GUCAGUUAGUGCAGGACAUUACUUCCAGUCACAGCCAAGAAUGUCACGACCGUAUGACCAGCUAUUGCAAUAAACUCUUUCUCUAUAAUAUUUAUAUUCUGCAUAUUUUAUGAAAUCACACUUAAUGAAAUGAACCCUGCAUUUAAAAAAAUUUAGAACAAUUAUUUAUUUAUUUAUUUUAGUUAAAAAAUAACAUUAAAGAACCUUUUUCAGAGGUAGACAGAAAUUUAUCUGGACUCUAAAGAACUAUCUGCUAACAAGCUGCUUUAAGCUGAGAUUUUAAUUACAUUUUCGAAAAGCAACCUGUACCAAUUAAAAGGCAGAUGAAACACAUAAUGUGAUUCAUAUUAGCUUGAGUGCACAAACAUCCUGCUCAGUCUGCCAGCAAUAAUUGACAAGAGGAUAGGAAAAGCGUCUGAUGGCUGGCUAACUCUCUGAUCCUUGAUAUCUCGAGGGGAGUCAUUUUGAAAACAAGAAGAGAAGAAAGGGGCUUUUCCUCUUCCUUCGGUUCUGAUCUGUCUGCUCUGGUGAGCAAGUGCUUUCAGUGGCUAAAAACAAACUGACUGGUUGAGACUAACAAGUGGUUGCCAUGCUGGGCGUGCUUGCUUUUCGGAGGAACGGACAGAAAGGCUGAAUGACAAUGAAGAUGAGGCAGCCAGUGGGAGACAGCGCACCCCUCAAAAAGAUUCAGAGGCUGGGAUUUCUGAAGUCGAUGCAACUACAGCCAGUCAGCUAUGUUCUCAUUAGAGCAGAAAACCAUCCCUUUUUAUGCCUUUUGAAAAUCACUGAAGCCCAGUCGGGGAUGUCAAAGCGGCAGCACGAUUGACUAGCAGGCUAGUCUUCUGCAAAUAACGAAAUGGUUACGGAGGGGAUCGAUAUAAAAUCCCUUCCCCUUUUGCUGCUGAAGAGAGAUGGGAGCACUACUGUAGAACUGCCAGCAACAGGUCUGUGAAAACAUGAUCAAAAUGAAGGUAAUCUGAAGCUUCACUCAAGCCUGAUAUUGCUGCAAGCACGAUGAAGAAGUGCAGUGCUCAGUAUGUGUAACAUCCACUUUAACCACUCUCUGUCCGCGAUGAACGGGAAUGAAAUUAUGGCUUACUCACUGACUCUGGAGCAAAAAACAGCCUUUGCAUUUGUUGGGAUGCUGUUGGUAUUCUUGGGACUCCUGAUUAUAAGAUGUUUCAAGAUUUUGCUGGACCCUUACAGCAGCAUGCCAUCGUCUACUUGGGCAGACGGUGUGGAGGGACUAGAGAAAGGGACUUUUGAGUAUGCGCUAGCCUGACUCAAAACAAAUGCCUUUUGCGAUUCAACAAAUUAGACAACGUAUUCAAAUCAAAUAUUCAAAAAUAUUUUGAAUAUUUUUGACAUUUUAUGUUUUGUGGUCUGUGGUUUAGCAGAUAUUUGUCUAUGAACAAUAUGGGUACUGCAUAUUUGCCGUUAGAACUCACUGUAUUCCAUGGAGACCAGGGAAAGAGAUGUCUCAGGGAAAAUGGAAGUCAUUUGUAACUAGAAAACAAACAUGAGAUGAGAAACAGGGUCUGUACUACUGUAACUCUAUAGUAGUCAUCUAAAGCUGGACAGUCUUACACAAGAACACAGGGUCAUUGGCAUUAUUGAUGAAUUAGAUGGUUAUUUAGUGAAUGAAUUAAUGGUCACAUGUUACUGCUGGGACCCAUACUGAUGGGUGUGGUAAGCCUCAAUAAUAAAUAUGAUGGCAAUUUGUGUACAAGUGGUAGUUAUGUAAAUUAACUGUAUUUCAUUGAUGAAAAUUACUGUUUCUUAAUUCUGCAAAACUAUUAUGUCUCAAAUGUGUGUGUAGAUGUCUUCGAGCACUUUGGCUUGAAAAGAAAAUGCUGUUGCACAGCCUUGUAAAGUGCAGAUUUCUGUGACUGUUUUCUUCGUCCCAGCCGGGAUGUACCUUUUACCAGGGGAAAUGGUGGCUGUUUCUGAAGGUAAAUUUACUGUAUGCCUGAUGUUACUGCAUUAAUGCCAAUGCAAAGGGCCAUCAUUCAGUCCUCUAUACAUUUAUAUUCAUAACCAACUAAAGCACUAGCUUUCAUGUAGGGAGGGAUUGUUUCAGUCAUAAGGGUAUUAUCAUUGUCAUUGUGCAAUAGCAACCACUGUAUCCAACGAUCCAUUUCAGUCUGACUGCACCAGCUGCGCAACCCUUUAGUGCAAUAACUGUGCAGUUCAGCUAGUGGAAUCCACAAUAAAUAGAAGCAUGGGUUGGCUGGUUCCUGAAUUCUCAGAGAACAUUGAUGGAGGCCAUGAAAUGGGCCUACAAUGAAAAUGAGGAAUUCCAGAUUGAAGAAUAAAGAAAUAUAGAGAUGAAACGUAACAUUCUAAAAUAUUACAAAUAAAAAUAAAU